AUUUUAUGUUGGUGUCAGAUGUUUCUCUGAGUGACCAGUGGCAGCAGAGGAGUGGACAUUACCAGUCUGUAUCCCUAAAACACAUUUCAUUAGCUUCUGUGGGAGUUUCUCUGAAAGCACAAUGUUGAGAUUUGGCGGCAGAGCUCUGGUAAAGGUGGGGAUGGUGAAGCCCUGUCACUUGAUGAAACCUGUAUCAGCAACUCUGGUUGCUGGCAGAAACCUGACCCAGCAGCAGGGAGUGCCCAGCCAGCCUGUACCCCCUCUGGAUCAAACCUGUGAUCACUACCUCAGCAUCGUUGAGACCGUUGUGGAGCCAGAACAGUUGAAUCAAACAAAAAAGGUGGUGGCGGACUUUCAGAAACCAGGAGGCGUCGGAGAGAGACUGCAGAGAGGCCUGGAGAGAAGGGCACGUAGCACAGAGAACUGGUUAACAGACUUUUACAAGAAGGCUGAUUAUCUCGACAAACGGAAGCCUUUGGUCAUUUUUUCCAACCCUGGGGGACUCGUCCGCAAAAAAGCGAUAAGGGAUAUAAAUAUGGAACAGACAUGGUGGGGUUCCAGAUUCACAGCGGCACUAUUGGAGAUCAAGACAAGGAUUGACAAUGGGACCCUACCAGUUGACUACAUCGCAGGAAGGCCACUGUGUAUGAAGGACUUCGACAAUCUGAUGUCAUCCUGCCGUAUCCCUGGUCCGAAGACAGACUCACUGGCGUUCUGGGGCAAAAGCGCCAACCCGCCGAAACACUUCACUGUUGCACACAAUGGUCACUUCUUUACGAUGGAUGCGUACAACAGUGAUGGGAUGCCUCUGACAACUGAUCAGCUCUAUGUUCAGCUGAAGAGGAUCCGCAACUCCUCACUAGAGACCAACACGGACCCUGUCGGUAUCCUCACUACUCAGCAUCGUGAUAUAUGGUUUAAAGUCUACACCAACCUCAUAAAGGAUAAGACCAACCAGGAAUCGGUGUCAACUAUCGAAACAAGCAUGUUUACUUUGUGUUUGGAUGGAGCGGUACCCAACCGGUCUGAUGAGAGCAGCCUUGUUCACCAGAUGUUGCAUGGAGGAGGCAGCCAGUGGAACAGUGGGAACCGCUGGUUUGACAAGGGGACGCAGGCUAUUGUUGGACAAGAUGGGACAGUGGGUAUGAACAACUCUCAUGCCCUUGUUGAUGGUACAAUCAUACUGUCCUUCACUGAUAUACUUGUUGAACAACGGGACAAGAUAGAGAUACAGAGGGAGACUAAUAUGGAGCCUUUGCCCAUGCCCAAGAAACUACACUUCAACAUCACACCUGAGAUAAAGAAGGACAUUGAGGACGCCAAGCAGCACAUGGACAUGCUGGCCCAAAACCUGGAUGUGAAGGUUAAGGUAUUUGACCAUUUUGGGAAGAAAGUCAUAAAGAACCACAAGAUGAGCCCGGAUGGUUUCGUACAGAUGGCAAUACAGCUGGCCUACUACAGGUUGAACCAGCAGCUAUGUCCAACGAUGGAACCUAUGACCCUGCGCAUGUUCAGAGAGGGCCGUUUGGCACUAAUGAAUUCAAGCACGAGUGCCGCUGCUGCCUUUGUCAUGGCCUUUGAUGACCACAAAAAACAGAACUCAGAGAAGAUGGAUUUAUUGGAGAAAGCUAUAAACACACACAGAAUGAUCACGCUCAUGGGAGUCAGUGGACAGUCCGUACAAGGACAUCUCUUGGGUCUGAGGAUGCAGGCUGUCGAAGAAGAAAUCCCCAUGCCUGAUAUCUUCACAGACACUUCCUACAGUAAAGCCUUUGACUUCAAACUCAUCACAAAUCAGGUAACAUCCAGGACUGGAUGUAAGCCAUGUCUUGGCCCUGAAGAACCAGAUGUAGACAAUGUGUACUACGGUAUUCUGAACGAUAACAUUGACUUGACAGUGUCCAGUUUCAAAAAGACCCAGAGAGAAGAUUAUGCAGCACACCUGCUCCAAGCCGUGGAAGGUGCACUGUUGGACAUAAGGACCCUCAUGGAACAAACCCCAAGAGCUGAAAUGGAAAGCUAAUUCAAACUUAGCAAUAGACUGAUUUCUUGCCAAAAGUUAAGUGACAAUAUCAAUACCAGUCUCACGUGUGUCCUUCUAGUGUAUAAUAAUUAGGAGGAUCUAUUGUCAGAAAUGGUUUUCAUUAGUGUAUAAUCACUGAAAAUAAGAAAUUCCUGUUUUUAUCUACAGAGAGCGGGUCUGCCUUGUUGAACAGCCAUAUUUCUAUAGUAGCCCAGAAUGGACAAACCAAACAGUGGCUCUAGAUAGGGGUUUUCAACAUAGUUUCUCCUGAGCACUUGGAAGGCUAGUGGCAUUCCGUAGAUUGCAAUAUGCAACUUUACCACUAGAUGUCACUAAAUCCUUCACUGUGGUCCUUUUAAAUGUAAUGAUACAUGCAGUAGUAAGCAUAGUGAGCAAUAGCUUGAAACCCAUUACAGAGCAAAUUACUAAACAGUGACCAUAUGAGGUGAGAUUCAUUAGAAUUUAAACGUAACAAUAAAACCUCUUCCACAACGGCUAUAACUAAAUAAUAACAAAUUUGGCCUCCACAUUGGGAUUAAAGUCUUUUUGCUCAGGCAGUCACUGCCUGUCUGCUGUAGGUAUGGUGUGUGGGACAGGGAAGCUGCUCAUUGUGAGUACAGUUGUAGAGUUUUUAUGUCGACACAUUUGCUCUGAAACUUUUUCUGUAAAUACCUCACUCCUGAGCCAGCAACGGGAGAUUUGGAGCACAGAAAAAAUAUAAUUUGCAAGCACAUCAAUUAUAUUUUAAAGAUAGAAAGAUAAGCAGAAGCAAAUCCCUUUUUUAAAACUAUCAAUUUAGGAGUAAUCUUAGAACAAGAAAACCGAAUUUGUAGCUAACACUAUUAUCAUCAUAACAAAAUAUUACAAGUAGAUGUUGUUUUACUACAGCCACCCUACAGUCUAAGGCACAAAAACUGACCUAUGUCAGGAAUAUUUAUAUCUAAAUAUUCUAGACUCUAUACUAUCUAAUACUCUAGCCCCUUGCUCAAUCCCUUACUUUUAUUUACUUUAAGCGCUCAACUGUGUCUAUAUUCCAUUCCUUUUAUCUUAUUGUAUUAUUUCAAAAUUUCAAACCUAUUUUUUUUUAUUUUCUACAAUAUCUAUUGUGCUGUUACUUCCUGUGAGUAAUUGGUGGUAAAAUAUACUGUUUGUAUCAAUGGAAAACAUUUUUCUUCUGUUACGGGCAGGAAACCUUGCUUGAAUUGUACAGCAAUGAGUUUGUCAUUGGGAUUAUUUUCCAGAUGUUAUAAAUAAAGCUGAUUUUUAAAAAAAGCCUUGGUUAAAUGCA